GGAAACUGUAAACCGGCACGCUCUCAGUCCACGGUAGAGCAGUUCUAAGGAAACUCGUCUAAUGUGCAAUUAUUUUGUUAUACCUGUGUGUUUUUAAUAUACGACAAACAAGAUGUCCGUCCUAAGGUCAAUAGCCGUAUUUCUAUGUGGUCUCAUCGCCACGUCCAUGGUCACUGCGCAGGUGGUGCUCCCUGGUGGGUGUCCCGACAUUGCUGCCAUGACUGACUUCAAUCCUAGCAGAUACCUGGGAAAGUGGUAUGAAGUAGAAAAAUAUUUCGCCAUAUUCGAAUUGGGUGGUAAAUGCAUCACAGCCACCUAUUCUGAAAAGGACAACGGGGCCAUCGCGGUUCACAAUAAACAAAUAAAUACAUAUUCGGGAGUAAAAUCCGAAAUAGUUGGCGUCGCAGUGCAAGUCAGUCGAUCUGAUGAAGCCAAGCUAAGCGUUCGAUUUCCCUCGCUGCCUGUGAAUGUUGCUGCUCCAUACUGGGUGCUGGAAACUGAUUAUGACAAUUAUUCCUUGGUGUGGAGCUGCAUGGACUUAGGCUUCAUGCACACAGAAAUCGCCUGGAUCCUCACGAGACAAAGGAAUCCACCGCUUAGUGUCUUGGAGCAAGUCUACGCAGCUGCCGACAAAAAUAAUAUUAGUCGGGCCUAUUUCAUGAAGACCGAUCAGACCAAUUGCCCUGAAGAUGAUGAUGAAUAAAUGAAAAUUGGAGAUUAUAUGUGACCAUGAUUGAGUCAAUUAGUUGUGGUCAUUUAUACUUUUCUUUCAGAUCAAAUGGCAGCCUGUGGCAAAAACAAUAUAGAAAAAACGUUGAGGCACUAGUUUCUUCGUAAAAACGGUUCAGUAUUACAUUUGACCACUUUUGUAUGGAUACUUAAAUGUUUGAUUAUUUUAAGGGGAUUUUUUUAAAUAAUGGAUUGUAAUCUAAAUAAAUGAAUUUUUAGUAUAUAGGUACGUGUAUGGACAUUCGAAAUAACGUGUGUGAGAUCACUCAGUUUUUUUAUUUUUUUAUAUUUGCGCUAGGUGGUAAAAAAUGGCCUUGGUCGAAACAUCCUGCUAUAUACAUUGAUAGGUUUAUUGUUAGUUGAUAAUACAAUAAACCUGUUCUAAUGUAAAUGACUUAGCAUUUUAUAGAUUUUAAUUGUAACUAAAAAAGUUAACUGUAAAAUUUACUAUAUAGCUGUGAUGACGUUGUUUUGGGUAUAUGGUAUAAGGCAUGAUCUGAAAUCUUCUUCUACUCGAAUGGCAACUCCCGACCCCAAUGAGGAUGAAUGGAUUGUGCUAUUGUCAAGUUUUAGAUGAUCAGGGAUUUAUAGUUUUGGUAAGUGCUUGUAUGCAAAGGGAAAAUAACAUUUAUAGACAACACAACACGUCUCAAAUUAGCAUAAAACAUACAUAUAUGGUAGUAAGGGACAAAGAAGAAGACAAAUUAAUUUUGUUCAAAUUAAUACAAUUUGAUAGGACAUUCACAAAUGGGGUAGCGACAACGACAACAUUAAAUAAAUAAGGAGAGAAUCAUCAGAGGAGAAUUUUUAACAGUUAGGUACCGUGCAUUACUUGUACAUACGUACAUGUGUGUUUUUUUUGUUUAGUUCUGUUGAGAAAGAAUGUUGUUUCGUAGCGAUUCCUUAAUAAUAAUAGGCACCGGUGUUUAUUUUAAGAAAAAUACAAAACUUCUCCAACUAUUUUCUCGACUUGUUCUUAUAGACUGUGACGUCACAUCAAGCGCGCCAAAAUGGUAGUCGUUUAAAACGUCUAUUUUAGGUUUUACUCUUAAUUCAUAAUUCCAAUUACUUUUGGCUAAACAUUUUUUCGCUUGUAUAAAACAUUUGAAACUAUCAAAUUAAACAAUACAGGCAUAUUCUCUAUUUAUUACAAUGAGAGGUUAUAGAUAAAAAUUAUAUAACUGUUACGUUUAAAGCAAGUAUAAUUUUAUUUUUGAACUGUUACGAAAUAUCUGCCGACAACGUUUUCUGUUACUUUAAUUAUUUAAGGUAUUAUUAAAAAGAAAGUCUAUAAACGUGACUUAUGAUGUAUUUAACUAUUUAUUUAAUUAAAACAAUUACAAUCAG